AUGAUCUCAAAAAAUUUCAAGCCUCAAACCACUUCAAAUUCUCCUCUGCUAAGCUCUCCUCCAUGUCCAGUUAUUCACAACAUCAAUGAUGUCAAUCCUUAUCGGGAUGAGUUUAGUGUUUCCAUGCUUGAGGAUCUUAGUUUUGAGCUUGACAACUAUAUUGACUAUGCGCGAGAAGUGGGCAAUGAUUUCUCUAACUUGAAAAGACUUGGAGAUCUUUCAGAGACAUUGGUUAAAACAAAUUUGCACAAGACUUGGAGGCUUGUUUAUUUGCUUGUGAAGUUGAGCUUAAUAUUACCUGUCGCUACUGCAACGGUGGAAAGAGCUUUUUCUUCGAUGAAGUGUAUUAAAAAUGAAUUGCGUGGCAGAAUUGGUGAUGAAUUUUUGAAUGAUUGUUGA